AUGACUUCCCCUCGAGGCCAUGUGGAGUUACUGCAAACUAUUGGCAAGGGAAACUAUGGUGCUGUUUACAAGGGAAAGAUGCAUGGUUCCACUUUUGUCGCUGUCAAGGUUGUUUUUCUUAAAGAGGAUGAGUUGAGAGAAACGCUGUUGGAAAUGGAGAUUCUUGAACGAUGCAAUCAUCCCAAUAUUACAAAAUAUUAUGAUUGCUAUUUAAAAGGCUUGGAUUUGUGGAUUUGUAUGGAAUUCUGUGGUGGUGGUUCCCUUGACUCAAUUUAUAGAACUAUCAAAAAUCCCCUCAGUGAGGAUCAGAUUGCCGCCAUUUUAUACGAAUCACUAAAUGGAUUAGACUACUUGCACAACAAAGCAAAUCUUAUUCAUCGUGAUAUCAAGGCUGGUAAUGUGCUCUUGACUGAUGAAGGUCAGGUCAAAUUGGCUGAUUUUGGUGUAUCGGCUCAACUUCAAAGCCCAAGUGGUCGUGCCAAUACAUUUAUUGGAACUCCGUAUUGGAUGGCGCCAGAGGUUAUCAUGACAGAUCCUGACAGUACAUCCGGACGAGAUGCCACAUAUGACAGUAAAUCAGAUAUUUGGUCACUUGGCAUCACUGCCAUCGAGAUUGCUGAAAAAAAUCCUCCCCUUUCAGAUAUUCAUCCUAUGCGAGCAUUACAACUUAUUCCCAAAUCAGAAAUCGGAUUUGCAAAACCUAAAAACUUUUCAAAACCAUUUAUAGAUUUUGUUUCUCAAUGUUUGAUAAAGAGUCCUGCAAAACGACCCAGCGCUGCUGAACUAUUAGAGCAUCCGUUUUUUGCAAAA